CCUCUCGUCCCCGUUCUUGCAGCAAAAACGCUCACCGAGCGCUCGUCACCAUGCCCAAGCUUCACCAGUGGGACUACAUCUUCGCGAUCGGCCUCAUCUUCGCCGCGCUCGACGCCUACAACAUCGGUGCCAACGAUGUCGCCAACUCGUUCGCCACCUCGGUUGCGGCCCGUUCGCUCACCAUGCGUCAGGCAUGUGUGCUCGCGGCAAUCUUCGAGUUCCUAGGAGCCGUGCUCGUCGGUGCAAAGGUGACCGGUACGAUCAAGAACGGCAUUAUCGCCCUGGAGAUGUUCCGCGGCAACUUUGGCAUUGAGAUGCUCGCCUUUACCUGCGCCCUCGUGACCUCUGCUACCUGGCUCAUGAUCGCCACCAAGAACUCGUGGCCCGUCUCGACCACCUACUCGCUCGUUUCGGCGCUUGCCGGUGUUGGUGUCGCUGUUGCCGGCCCCGCCGGUGUUCAGUGGGGCUGGAACGGCGGCAAGGGUCUCGCGACCAUCUUCGCCGGCUUCGGUAUUGCGCCCGCUAUCUCGGGUGGCUUUGCCUCGACAAUCUACCUCAUCACCAAGUAUGCCGUGCUCAACCGCAAGGACAGCGUGCGCAAGGCCAUGUACCUGUCGCCCGUCUACUUCUUCACCGUCAUCGCCGUCCUUACCAUGUCGAUUGUGUACAAGGGCUCCCCAGGCCUCAAGCUCGACAAGCUCAGCGGCGCGACCCAGGCCAUUGCCAUCUGCCUGACCGCGUUUGUCGUUGCUGUUCUCUCGAUCGUCUUCUGGCUCCCGUACGUCUACGCUAAGGUCGUCCGUAAGGACUGGUCGCUCCGCUGGUGGCACAUGGCCCUUGGCCCGAUGCUCUGGAAGCGCCCGGUCCCCGAGAUGCCCGCCGACAUGGCUGCCCCCGUGAUCAACGACUACCGUGUCUACGGCCGUGAGGACGAGCACUCUGCCCCCGCCGAUGACUCUGUUGCCCCGGUCGCCGAGACUGCCGUCGCUGUCGCUGAGCUCCACGCCCCCUCGCAGACUCCCUCGAACGACUCGAACGAGAAGGUCAAGGACGUCGAGGCUGGCCAGACCGAGAACUCCUCCACCACCGCUCCCCGCACCACCGUUCCUCUCGACGAGGUCGACAAGAAGGACGAGAUUGUCGGCCCCUGGAUCCUUCCUCGCAACCUCCUUAUCAUUGGCAAGCGCGGUCUCAAGGCUCUCACCAAGGGCUCGAACUACGACGUGCACGCCCACCAGAUGAAGGACGAGAAGACUGCCGCUCACCUCCGCGAGAUCCACAAGCUCGCCCACCAGUACGACAACGACACCGAGCACCUGUACACCUACCUCCAGGUCCUGACUGCUUGCGUCAACUCGUUCGCUCACGGUGCCAACGACGUCUCGAACGCCGUUGGCCCCCUCUCGGCUAUCUACUUCAUCUGGUCUGAGGGCCGCCGUCUCGAGAAGGACACCCCUACGCCCACUUGGGUUCUCGUCUUUGGUGGUGCUUGGAUCGUCAUCGGCCUCGCGACCUACGGCUACAACAUCAUGGCUGCUCUUGGUAACCGUCUCACCCUGCACUCGCCCUCGCGUGGCUUCUCCAUGCAGUUCGGCGCCUCGCUCUGUGUCCUCCUUGCCUCGCAGUACGGCAUCCCCGUCUCGUCGACCAUGUGUCUCGCGGGCGCGACUAUGGGCGUCGGCCUCGUCUCUGGUGGAUGGCGCGCAGUCAACUGGAAGGCCUUUGGCUGGAUCUUCCUGGGCUGGGUCCUCACCGUCCCCAUCGCUGGUCCCCAUCGCUGGUACCGUCGCGGGGUGCCUCCUGGGUCUCUUCAUCAACGCGCCCCACUGGUAAUGGAGAUUGGGCUGCUCUACACACUACCAUCAUAGAACUUCAAUAAUGUACUACCAGCAAUAGAUUUCUGCAUUGGUGUCUCAUGUA